AUGCGAAUGAAUUUGAAUCUAUUUUUAAAUCUAAUAAUAUCAAUUCUAGGCCUUCUAGUUAGCCUAACUUCUUGCCAACAACAAAAUUAUGUGACGUGUAAUACGGCUCAAGGCCCGGUUAGAGGACAAACUGUCGAUUUGGGUGAGUUUUUGGAAAUAAAACCAAAAAAUAAAAUAAAUUCCACGUGAAAUUUUGGACAAAAAAUUAAUUUUCAAUUUUCUGAUAAUUAGGAAAAUGCGAAAACCUUUUGAGGUUGGUUAGAUGAAAUUCAUAGGCAGACCAAUUGGUCUGCUGCCUGGCAAAUGAGAAAAAACGGAGGAGCAGACCAAUUGGUCUGCUGAUAAGAGAGCGCAGAGAAAUAAACGAGCAGACCAUUUGGUCUGCUGCUUUGAGAGCGCAGAGAAAUAAACGAGCAGACCAAAUGGUCUGCUGAUUGGAGAGCGCAGAGAAAUAAAGGAGCAGACCAUUUGGUCUGCUGAUUGGAGAGCGCAGAGAAAUAAACGAGCAGACCAUUUGGUCUGCUGUUUAGAGAGCGCAGAGAAAUAAACGAGCAGACCAAAUGGUCUGCUGAUUGGAGAGCGCAGAGAAAUAAAGGAGCAGACCAUUUGGUCUGCUGUUUGGAGAGCGCAGAGAAAUAAACGAGCAGACCAUUUGGUCUGCUGCUUUGAGAGCGCAGAGAAAUAAACGAGCAGACCAAAUGGUCUGCUGAUUGGAGAGCGCAGAGAAAUAAAGGAGCAGACCAUUUGGUCUGCUGAUUGGAGAGCGCAGAGAAAUAAACGAGCAGACCAUUUGGUCUGCUGUUUAGAGAGCGCAGAGAAAUAAACGAGCAGACCAAAUGGUCUGCUGAUUGGAGAGCGCAGAGAAAUAAAGGAGCAGACCAUUUGGUCUGCUGUUUGGAGAGCGCAGAGAAAUAAACGAGCAGACCAUUUGGUCUGCUGUUUAGAGAGCGCAGAGAAAUAAACGAGCAGACCAAAUGGUCUGCUGAAAAAACACCUAGUCUCAAAAUCCCCCAAAUUCUCGCAGGCUCCGACCAAUCUCAACUCUACUCUGGCCGUGCCGAUGUCUUCACCGGUAUUCCCUAUUGCCAACCUCCAGUCAACAACCUUCGCUUCGAACCUCCCCAAUCAAUUUCCACAUUCAACUCAAGUGUCUACGAUGCGACAAGUUUCAAGCCAAAAUGUCCGCAAACCGGGCUUUCCGGCCAACAACAACAAACCAGCGAAGAUUGUUUGUAUUUGAAUAUUUAUACACCAAAUGCGAAUGGAAAUGGGGGAACUCAGAUGGCUGUUAUGAUUAUGAUUGAUGGUUAUAAUGGAUUUCAGAAUGGUGGAUGUGAUCAGAGUCAGGUUAAAGGUUAGUUUCGCAUACAUUCUAGACAGGGCUUGCGAAGCACGCCCUGUCUGGAAACUAGAAACAAUGUUUGUAGAUCAAAAUGAAGUCUCUCUAGAACUACAGUACCCCUUCCAGGCAUCGUCUCCAACCUCGUUCAACGUCAAAUCAUCGUAGUCACCCUUCAAUACCGUCUCGGUGCCCUCGGCUUCUUCACAACCUAUACAAACACAAUUCAAUCGAAUCUAGGAAUGUUGGAUCAAGUGGAAGCCAUAAAAUGGGUUAAAACAAAUAUCCACAAUUUCGGAGGCGAUCCAAAUAAGAUUACUGUAGCUGGACAAAAUGACGGAGCUUGUGCUGUUUCGGCACAUACGCUAAGUCCAAUGAGUCAGGGGCUUAUCAAUCAGGCGAUUAUAUCCAGUGGAAGUAUUUAUAGUUGCUAUAAUCCAACGCCAAUUGUUCCGGGAACCCAGGCCCCUCAAGGGGCCACCCAGGCUUCUUCUACUGUGAGCCCUGCAGGCUCACAACCUAUGUACGAUCAAGCUUCUGUUGGCAACGCUGGUUAUUACCAAAAUACCCAGACCUCCACAAGUUCUUAUAACUCAGCUUCUUCUUCGGCCCAAGUUUUCCAGGAUCCUAGCCAGCAACUUGCCUCAACUCUGUGCAACCAGACAUGGACGCUCCAGAAUAUGCAAAAUAUUCAGAAUUGUUUGAAGAAUUAUACGGUCGACUUUUUUGUGAAUCAGAAACCGGUGAGGAUUUUUUAUCUUUAUUAUCUAGGGUGAGAGAAAUAAACGAGCAGACCAUUUGGUCUGCUGAUUAGAGAGAGCGCAGAGAAAUAAAUGAGCAGACCAUUUGGUCUGCUGAUUGGAGAGUGCAGAGAAAUAAACGAGCAGACCAUUUGGUCUGCUGAUUGGAGAGUGCAGAGAAAUAAACGAGCAGACCAUUUGGUCUGCUGAUUGGAGAGUGCAGAGAAAUAAACGAGCAGACCAUUUGGUCUGCUGAUUGGAGAGUGCAGAGAAAUAAACGAGCAGACCAUUUGGUCUGCUGAUUGGAGAGUGCAGAGAAAUAAACGAGCAGACCAUUUGGUCUGCUGAUUGGAGAGUGCAGAGAAAUAAACGAGCAGACCAUUUGGUCUGCUGAUUGGAGAGUGCAGAGAAAUAAACGAGCAGACCAUUUGGUCUGCUGAUUGGAGAGUGCAGAGAAAUAAACGAGCAGACCAUUUGGUCUGCUGAUUGGAGAGUGCAGAGAAAUAAACGAGCAGACCAUUUGGUCUGCUGAUUGGAGAGUGCAGAGAAAUAAACGAGCAGACCAUUUGGUCUGCUGUUUCGAGAGAGCGCAGAGAAAUAAACGAGCAGACCAUUUGGUCUGCUGAUUGGAGAGUGCAGAGAAAUAAACGAGCAGACCAUUUGGUCUGCUGAUUGGAGAGUGCAGAGAAAUAAACGAGCAGACCAUUUGGUCUGCUGUUUCGAGAGAGUGCAGAGAAAUAAACGAGCAGACCAUUUGGUCUGCUGAUUGGAGAGUGCAGAGAAAUAAACGAGCAGACCAUUUGGUCUGCUGAUUGGAGAGUGCAGAGAAAUAAACGAGCAGACCAUUUGGUCUGCUGUUUCGAGAGAGUGCAGAGAAAUAAACGAGCAGACCAUUUGGUCUGCUGAUUGGAGAGUGCAGAGAAAUAAACGAGCAGACCAUUUGGUCUGCUGAUUGGAGAGUGCAGAGAAAUAAACGAGCAGACCAUUUGGUCUGCCGAUUAGAGAGCGCAGAGAAAUAAACGAGCAGACCAAUUGGUCUGCUGCUUUGAGAGCGCAGAGAAAUAAACGAGCAGACCAUUUGGUCUGCUGAUUGGAGAGCGCAGAGAAAAAAACGAGCAGACCAUUUGGUCUGCUGAUUAGAGAGCAUAGAAAAAGUAUGCUUUCAGGGUGGUCCAACAGCCACAUGGAUGAUAGUACGUGACACGUCAUUCCUUCCCGGCUCCAUCGAUUCGCUUUCAUCUCGCCGCCCAAAUAUUCCAAUUAUAAUCGGAACUGUUCAAGAUGAAGAUGCGGAUUACGCAUUCAAAUUGAUCAAUACCGGAAAAGCCCAAGAUUCCGAUAAUUUGGAUAAUUGGAUUUUCGAUUUUGCGCGGAAAAAUAAGCUGAACUCGACACAGACGCAAAAUGUUAGCAAUAUUAUUGGACAGAAUUAUGAAGUUGAUACUGGAGCUGGAAAUACAGUUCAGAGGGAUCAACCGGUUCAGAAUCUAGGUCAAAAUCAGGGCCAGGCCUACGGUCAGGCCAAUCAGGGCCAAGUUCAGAAUCAGCAAUUCACCAGCGCAACUUCACAAAUCGUCUAUGUCAAUCAGUACAGUGGAUUUGGACAGGCGAAUCAGAAUCAGUAUGGAAAUCAGCAGAAUCAGAACUCACAGAACUUCAACCAAAAUCAGAAUUCAAAUCAGAACUCACAGAUCUACAGCUCAGGAACAUCUCAAAACCAGUAUGGAAAUCAGCAGAUGUCUAGCCAAAAUCAGAACUAUCAGAACUUCAACCAGAAUCAGUACAGCUCUGGAACUUCUCAAAAUCAAUAUGGAAAUCAGAACUCGCAGAUUUACAGCUCUGGAAAUCAGCAGAUCUAUAAUCAGAAUCAGAACUCCCAAAAUCAAAACCAGUAUGGAAAUCAGCAGAACACGUGAGUCUAGAAUCUAGCCUGAUCUUUCCAACCCUAACCUCCGAUGUUUCCAGCUACAAUCUUCAACGAGAUCCCAGCAACAAUCAGCAGAACUCUGGAUCUUCCUACACCUCACUUCAAACCAUUACUCAGGUUAGUCUGGGGAGCCUGUGAUGAGAUUCUUUAUAGAUCUUUUCUAGAUCUUCUCUAGAUGUUCCAGAUCUUCUCUAGAUCUUCCUGAUCUCCCCCCUGAUCUUCCCCGCACUCACCCAUCUGAACUUCCAGAUCGCCUCCGAUCAAUCCACCAGUCUCACCACCACCCAAAUCCAAUCCUACAUGCAAAACGGCAACAGCGUCGUCCGAAUCUAUCAAUUCACCUAUGUCUCCGAUGUUGGAAGAUCUACAGUACCACAAACUUCGGAUAACUGGAAACGUGAGUCUUAUUUUCAUUUUCAUGCCACGUCAUAACUCACCAUGUAUUUUUUCAGCGGUUUUCCGAGGUCAGGACAUGUAUUUCCUGACAAUGUCCGAGACAAUUUGGACAACAUCCAAUUACACGGCUGAAGAUCGCCACGUGGCAAAUCAGAUGGGACAACAGUGGAGCGAUUUUGUCAAGACUGGGUAAGGCGGGGCCGGGCCUGGUUUUAGGCCUGGGGCCCGGGAAGCUGUCAGGCUUAGGCUGAAAAUGCCGCUGGAGAAAUUUUGAAAUUCCAAAUUUUAGUGCGGGAAAUAUUUGCCACGUGGUAAACACAUUUUUUUUUUUUGAAAAAAAUUUCAUAAUUUUGGCUGCCACGUGGAUUUUCAGCACAAAAUUUCGGAUUUUCAGAUAAAUUUUUCGGAUGCCUAAAAUCCACAAAAAUCUUGGCGUCAACGUGGAUUUUUUGAAAAAUACAAAAUUUGAAUCUAAAUUUUUCGCGCGAAAAUUUGAAAUUUUAAAAAUAAAAAAUUUUCGCGCGAAAAAUGAUGCCACGUGGAUUUUUGAAAAGUACAAAAUUUGAAUCUGAAUUUUCGGCGCGAAAAUUUGAAAUUUCAAAAAUAAAAAUUUUCGCGCGAAAAAUGAUGCCACGUGGAUUUUUCGAUGUAAGAAAUUUGAAUUUAAAUUUUCGCGCGAAAAUUUGAAAUUUCAAAAAUAAAAAUUUUGGCGCGAAAAAUGAUGCCACGUGGAUUUUCCGAUGUAAGAAAUUUGAAUUUAAAUUUUUCGCGCGAAAAUUUGAAAUUUAAAAAAUUAAAAUUUUGGCGCGAAAAAUAUUUCCACGUGGAUUUUUGAAAAGUACAAAAUUUGAAUCUGAAUUUUCGGCGCCAAAAUCUACAGUAGGCUUAAAAAAACUAAAAUAUUUGCAGCCAAGUCCAAAAUUGGUCUCCCACAACUUCCGGUAACUACAACUACUGUAAUCUCAACUCUCAACCUUCUCAAAAUCAAAAUUACGGUCAAGAGGCGCGAAAAGUGUUCCAAGAUCAAAUUAAUCCAAUUUGCCAAGAAGCUCAAAACAAUUUUGCGAUUGCCAAUAAUCUUACUGUACCCUACAGUACUUCCUCCUCCUCCUACAGUAACCCAUUGGGUACUGUAGUCUCAAAAACACCCGCCAAUGUACAAUAUUCGAAUGAUGCUCAAAAUGGGCAGAAUUUUCAUAUCACUUUUCAGGUUCAAGGUUUUCCAAAUGGAAAAUGA